AUGCAGGGAGCGGUUGUUGCGUCCGUCCUCAAGAAGCGCAGAGAGAAGAAGGCGAGGAGCGUCGAGGAAGAGGAGAUCGAGCACCUGAUCAAACAUCCGGUGGACACGUUGGUAGAUGACAUCCACGAGGUGGAAGGAGUUCUCAGGGACACAGAGAUACAUAAGCUGUUCGGGCUAAGGAGCAGAAGCGAUCCUAUUGUUCGCAGGGAGAUCCAAAUUGACGGUCUCCUGACAAAGGUUCGUGAGAAGCUGUUGCGCUCUUCAUCAUACACGAGGCUUUUCGGAACAUCCAUCUUCUUCAUAGUGUACGUCUCCUUUCUUUUCCUGCAGCGAGACAUCGAGUCGUCCUACUACGUUGAAAGUUCAGUCAUCGACCUAGUGGGAAGUAGCCUGCCAUUGUUGGGUAACGGAGGGUAUAUGAACUCGGGUCUGGGCUCGACGGGGUUUCUGAGUACGUCAGAAGAUUUCUACUCCUGGUUCCGCGGGAUAGCCCAAGUGGUUUUCAGCGACCCUGUUUGCGGGGACGGGAAAUGUGAUGGACCGGACGAGUUUCCAGGCUUCGGGAGGUUCGGAUGCAUCAAAGACUGCGGCAAGUACAAGAAUGUGACUAGCCUGACGAUCACGCUGGAGGAUGUUGUGAAGCGAAGCAGCAGCGAGCUUGGUAUCUCUCUUAAGGACUCGGAGCUGGAGCAGGACACGUCGAGGGUGCGAUUCUUCUAUAACAUCUACAGCGAGACGAUGGGAGACUUUCUCUUCGAGAGUGACACCAACGCUACUCAGCUGACGUUUGAGGCUCCGGACGGUGAUCUUACGCUGGUGCUGUAUCAAGAAUCCUCUGUAGAGGGGUUGGUGGAGAAUCAAGCAGUAACUUCGCUGUUUGCAAUCACGCCCAGCUCUUUCUCACGUCUGCAACCAAGGAAGACAGCGAUUGAAUACGGAAACUUGCGAGAAAUAAUCAAGAACGCGGUGUACGGCGAGAAUGCGCUCAAGACUUUGUGUCGUUCGCCUUCGGAAUCCCAGGUUGCUUACUGCGACACUUUCAACCCACAAGAUGUCGGCUACCUUUUCACCUCCAAGUACGGGGUCAGCGGCAGGAUUGACCUCAAGGAUUCAGUGACUGGCGUACUGGAGACAAUAGUCAAGGUAGGUUACUGCAGCAUUCUGCCCAAUGUCAGCGGAAGUCCGUACGCGCAGGCCAACAAGGCGACCAUAGUUGAGUCAGGGUCCAGCUGCGAUGAACCUCUUAGGCUUCGGCGCUCUCGAGUGCGUCAGGCAACCCCAAGGAGUCACCUGCCACAAGUGGUUCCUCCCAAGGGGACUGCUGGACAAGACGCACUAGACAAACAUCCAGCUGGUUCUCAACAUCCGCCCGCGUCUCCGUCCUCCCACAAAGGCAAAUCUGAUAUAGAAGAGGUCGAAGGUCCCAAGGCGAAGUCUGACAAGAAUUCGUUGCGAACAGUUUCUAACUGCCCCAGCACGGGUCAAACUCUUACAAGCACCACUGGCUAUGUGGCGUCGGGCUUCACAACCACUUACUCUUCAAACACACUUUGUACUUGGACUAUCGCUCCGUCGGGAAAUGGCAACCUGACUCUCACGUUUCAAAGCUUCGAUGUGGAAUAUCAUAGCACAUGUAGAUACGAUUGGGUCAAGAUCUACUCAUGUACGAGUGUAAAUUGCUUGGACUCGGAAUCGACCUUGCUCGCGACGUUAUGCGGGACGAUGGAUCGGAUCAACCCUCAGCUGACGUCACCCACGGGCAUCAUGAAGGUCAGUUUCAAAUCGGAUAGUUCUGUCCAGAAAGCAGGCUUCUGCGCUUCUUGGGGUGAAGGAGCCUAUUGCCCUGUCAAGCCAGACACCCCGGUGUUCAACAAGGUCGAGCACGUCCUAAGGCCUUUGCAUAACAGCUACUUGUACGGCAUCUCUAUCGCAGAGAUCCAGGUGUUGAGUACUUCCAGCGUCUCUUACUUUCGCUACACCUACUCCACCGACGCACAGCCGACACCACGUUGUGACUGCGCCGACUGGCCAGACACUACUACCUGUCCAAACGCUAUCAAGAACGGCUCCAAGAUUGUGCUCUUUUACGAGGGCGCGACCUCGAGGAGAUACAUACGGGUCAACGUGAUAGCUUGUAACAAGUACCCAGAUGUUACAGUGAGUAGUCGAUACUACAGGUACUACUACAACUAUUUCCUGGGGCCUCCUGUUGUGAGCUUUUCUUUCCUCGUCAAUUUCUUAGAACCUCCAGCUUCCAGCUCAACGCCCAGCAACAGCACUCUAAACAAGUUGACGUCGUCUGCAAACUCUUCGAACUCUUCAAACUCUUCGUUGGACAACUCCUCGACCGCGCUCGCCAACAGCUCGACUGUAUUGCAUCCUCUUUGUGGAAACUUCUCCGUCGAUCAAGUUUGGAGGGAGAUUGUCCAACAAAAGAUCAACGUGACUCGAGCUCUGCCCCAGCAGAUGAGGUUCAAUGUGACUCGCCAAGAUCCCACAGUUUACGUGUCAAGCGAAGUGUUUGCGACAUCCAACGUCCAGGUGGCGGCCAUCGUCAACGUGCUGCUGGAUCAUCGGCAGCUGAUGCAGCAAGCGCUUGCUCGCGCUUGUCCUCUCCUCAAAAUCCAGCAGGAGAUGGCGAUCAGUACCAGCUGGCUCUUCAACAAGGGCGCGCGAGGUGAGGAAUGUAAAUCGCACUACGACUGCGAUGCAGGACUGUUCUGCACCAAGCCGAGCUCGACAAGCUUGGAGGAGACGAGCACCUGUGACAUCUGCAGCUUCUGCAAGGUUGACGCAAACGACGCCAUCGACGCCAGGUGUCCCACUCUCAUGUGUCCGACCUCUGGAAACUUUCCCGCCUGUACCAACGCGCAACGGCUGACAGCAAGGGCCACGUGCCCCAGCGACUAUCAGUUCAGCGUGUGGGAGUACCGCAAUGCAAGUGAGGGCCUGCCUAAGAUCGUCCCUCCCUUCGAGCCCAAGAACCGCGAGAUCACUCCCUACAACAGGAUCGUCGGAGCCAUCGUGAUCUCACAGAGAAGGAUGAAACCAACGUCCUGCGCUCAGAGCGUGAACAAACAUGUCCAAGGCUUCAUGAAGUCGGUAGAGGGAGUUGUCAGCUGCCCUUCCUCCACCCUCGAUGAUACGCCGUAUGGGUACGAUCCAUCUUUCAUGACCUUUAGCGCCAUGUACAACCCGAAGCUCAUGCCCGAGAAGUUCUACUCUCCCCUCGAGAGACAUCUCAUCCGGUCAGGUGGAGAGACUCAGCUGUCGUUUCCCAUCGGCUUCUUCCCGCACAAGUACGACAGCAACUUCUUCGAUACAAACCAGGACGGCUUCAUCUCAGACGAAGAGGCGUCUGUCAACGUCAGCAGCUUCAAGGUAGCGUACAAGGACAGCAAGUACAUCAUGCCGUCUGAGGCGGACACCUUCAAGCUCUACUUCGACGAGCGACUGACGCAGAUGCUGGCUCAGAACAUGAUUCAGUUCGCGGAAGAUGGAUCGUUCAUAGACUCGCAGACUGAGGAAGUCCGGGUACAGUUUCUCACCUACAACGCUCCUAAGAACAUCUUUGCACUGCACGAGUUCAUCUUCAACUGGCAGACCACUGGAAGAAUUCCCUGGGACUACAAGGUCAACUCCUUCUCCGUUGACUUCUUCGCGGGGCCCAAAGCGGGCAUGCAAAUCUUCUUGUUCGCCGUACUUGUGACAUUCCUCCUCAUCAACAGCUACAUGGAGGUCCACGAGCUGCUGGGUGAGAUCCGCAAGUACAACUUGACAGGUUACCUGUCGCAUCCCUUCAACUGGAUCGACUGGACUCACUUCGCCUUCAUGUGGGGCACAAUCAUCACCUGCCUCCUCCACUACUUCGAUUGCCGCCAGUUCUACAUGAAGGCCAACUAUCCUAUCCUCUUCUACGGGCCCGAGUACAGCACAGCAGGACAGCAGCGGAAAGGCAUCACAACUGUGCAGACAGGAAGCAGCUUCCAGGUUCCACUGCUCAAGUCUGGGAAUGCCAUGGCAAGGCAUUUCCGAACAGACAACAAGGCAGAGAUGGACCUCCUCAUACUGCUGGAGCAGGCGCGGACGAUCUCGGACUCGAUGAACCUCUACUCCUUCUUCGCGGGAGUCAGCGUGGUUCUCUUCGUCCUCCGGAUGCUCAAGUCCCUCGACUUCCAGGAGCGCAUGGGUCUCGUCACUCGUACCAUUGCUCGCGCGUCCAGCGACCUCUGGCACUUCAUGCUGCUGUUUGCUGUCGUGUUCUACGGCUACUCCGUGGUCGGUCACAUGCUGUUCGGUCACCAAUACGAGGGCAUGAAGGAUAUGUCAACGGCAUGUCUGACGCUUCUGAUCUUCCUGCUGAGCCUCGACACCACUCAGUUCUACGCGUCGAUGUCGCACGCAGCUCCGGACGGUGCGUUUCACAUCUUUCUGUGGUCGUAUCUGUUCAUCGCCUUCUUCAUCCUUCUCAACGUGUUCCUCGCCAUCUUGGUGGACGCGUACGCCAAGGUCAAGGAGGAGACCGAGGGGACGACAGGGCUGGUGGAGGACCUGCUGGAGACUCUUUGGCAUGGGCUGAGGAAGACGAUAAAGGCUCGUCAUUUCGUGUCAAACCAGAAGCUGGAGGAGGCGCUGGUGAAGGAGCGCGAGACGUUGACGUCCAAGGAGAGCCAACGUCGCAUCCUUGAGCGGGACCUGGACGAGGAAAGGCUGAUCCUGCUGCCUGGAGGCGUCUCGCUCGACACUCAUGAAGUUGCUGCGCUCGCUCGUCGAGCGUUGGGGAGGAAGACAGACAAAGUACAUCCAGAUGCUGGGGAAGAGGAGCAGCUUGCGGAUCUGUUCUUCAACGAGGAUGAGAUCGUUGCGUCUGCAGAUCUGAUGAAUCGCUACGGAACGGAGCCAUCGGUGAUUUCCGAGAGAAGGAAGAGCGAGCUGCUGGAACUGCAUGACCUUGAGGGCAUCCGACGGCAGAUCGGAACGCAGAUCGGUCAGGUCAAACUCCUCGGCAGCCAGCAGCAGGUCCUUGACCUGUUGACAAGCAUCGGGAAAGAGCUCGCGCCCGCUGCCAUAGCGCUGCAGAAGGAGCAGGAGCAACAAGUUCAGACUGCACCAGCUCCGACGUCGGUGAAGCUGUUGAGAGUGACGCUGGUACGGGCGACCAACCUGCCGAGAAUGGACCUGUUCUCGGGGUGUGACCCCUACUGCGUGCUCUUUGUGAACGCGUGCUCGGGGCUCUCGACGUUUGCGUCGGAGGUGAAACACAAGAACGUGAACCCGGUGUGGGAGCAGCAGUUCGAGUGGACGACGACAAGUCGGACCAAGGUGCUCAGCGUCACGCUGUGGGACAAGGACGACGUGACGAGCGACGAUCUGGUGGGAUCAGUGCAACUGGAUUUAGAGCAGCUCCCCGAAGGCGAAGAGCAGGAGUUGACGCUGCCGCUGCAGAAUCACAAGCUCUUCAGGAAGCUGCGAGAGACCCGCCUGGUCUUGAGGGUCCACAAGCUGACUGAGACAGAGUCGCUCAAGCAGGAGAAGACGGUGUCCGAGAAGGGGAAGGGGCCGCAGGAGGAGGAGCAGGAGGAGGAGGAGCAGGAGGAGGAGCAGAAGCAGGAGCAGGAGCAGGUGGAGCACGUCACGCAGAUAGAAGACCUGCAGGAGCUGGACGAGCUGCUGGAGAAUGAAAUCGGACAGUGA